UUAGUCUCUUCGUUACUGUCAAAAAGAAAAUUUCCAAUCCGAAGGAAAAAAAGUGCUUACAAAUGUCAUUCCCAAGUGCUGUUCAGUAUUGGGAAUGAUCUCCUAUAUAAACACGGUCCACCGCUUUCUCUUCAUCAAUCCAUCCACCUCACGAAUAAAAGGGAACAAAUAAUAAUAUACAGCUACUGUCAUAGAUUCAUCACUAGCUGUUAAAACCAAAUAAACCGAAAAAUGGCGACCUCUUAGAUUUUCAAAUAUCCAGCAGUCAGAAAAAAAGAAACACAGCAAUAACAGGUUCAUUUUCGGUUCAAAUUUCGCAGCCAUAGUUUCCAGAAUGCAUGGGGUUCGAUUCUCAGGAGAAACGAAUUAUAAUUAAGCUGGAAGAAUGGAUGCCAUGCCUCUGGUUGGGGGGGCGGACGCAAAUAACAAUGAAAAUAGUAAGUCCAUGAAAAGGAGUAUAGAAGUAAACCGAAAAUUUUCAACUGGCCCGAAUUCAAGGUCUCCUUCAUUGUCGUCUCAGAGCAGCUCUUCGAUUCGAUCGGGGUUCGACAUUGACUCCGCUUUGUACAAUGGCGGGCAAAGCCUGGCCUCCAUUCUGAACAAUCCUCACCUCGGGAAGUCUGGGGUUUAUAGUUCAGAUGCCACGUGGAGUACCUGGUGGCCCUCCGCCUCGCUCAAUUCCCUCGAGUCAGCCCCGAUUGCAGUCUCCAAAGUUUUUCCAGAAAUAAAUAAGUCCGAUUUUCAGGCCUACUUGGACUCCAUUUCUGAGUGCUAUGGCCGUUUCGAAGACGUGAGAGAGCAUUCGAGCCGUGAACAGAGCGAUCGGAAUGCUUCGGCUUCUUCUCCCGCCAAUGGGGAAAUUCGGGGCCAGGGUGAUGCGUUGGUUGCCUGCUUAAGGGAAAUUCCUUCUCUGUAUUUCAAGGAAGAUUUUGCAUUGGAGGAAGGGGGUACAUUCCAGGCAGUUUGUCCGUUCUCCUCCAUUCCACAAAAUGUUAUGCUGCAGGAGAAAUUAUCUCAUUAUUUGGACACUGUGGAAGUGCAUUUGGUGAAAGAGAUCUCCAUCCGGUCGGAUUCGUUCUUUGAAGCUCAAGGCCAGCUCGAGGAUUUGAAUGGGAAGAUAGUGGAGGCUUGCUCUCAGCUUCACGAAUUGAAAGCCACGGUGAGACUGCUAGAUGCAGAUCUGCUGGAGCCUGCUAGGCAGAUCCAGGAAUUGAAUCGGAGUCGCACGGAUUUGCUUUCUCUCCAUCAGAAAUUGAAGCUUAUUUCAUAUGUUAAUCAAGCACUUUCUGCACUUAAACUGCUUGUGGCAGCAGCAGAUUGUGCAGGUGCUCUUGAUGUUAUCGAUGAUUUGCAACAUUUGCUGGAGGGUGAUGACCUUGUUGGACUACACUGCUUUCGUCACCUUGGUGAACAACUGGCCACAUCUUUAGAUUCCGUGAACAGCAUUCUUGCUGCAGACUUUGUGCGUGCAGCUAUUCAUGACGUGAAAGUUUUGGAGUCUACUAUUUUAACCAAAUUCCAAACAAGAGAGAAGGAUCCCCUAAUAGCUGGAAAAGAAGUGUCUUUUGAGAUCAAAUUAGAUGAUGAAGCAUGUUCUGGUUUCCGUGAUCGGCUUUUGCCUCUUGUCAUUGGCUUGCUGAGAACUGCAAAACUUCCAGCUGUAUUGAGGAUUUACAGGGACACUCUGAUUGCAGACAUUAAGGGUUCCAUUAAAACAACUGUUGCAGAGUUACUUCCUGUCCUGUUCACCCGUCCACUUGAUUCUGAUUUGCCAACUGGAGACCGACAAGCAGAUUUGGAUGGUGGGGGAUUUUCAUUGGCAAGUAAAUUGAGAAGUCUUUCUUCUGAAAGUUUUGUUCGACUUCUUGCUGCCAUUUUCAGAGUUGUACAGGUGCAUCUAUUACAAGCAGCAGAGGUCAAGAAGGUGAUAGAGUGGAUAAUGGGAGGGCUUGAUGGUUAUUAUGCUGCGGAUGCUGUUGCUGCAGCCUUUGCAUCAGGUGCAGCAGCAGCAGCUGCUGCAGAAGCCGCUCAGGAAUCAGAUGUUUUACUUGGUUCUCGUUUUCUUGUUUCUACUCCACAUAAUGCUUCUCAUGGUAACUUGCUUCUGGGAAAGGCAAAUGAAGCUGCAAGUCCCUCCAAUGUUUCUAAAAAUUUCAGGGCUGAUGUACUUCGUGAAAACGCAGAGGCUGUUUUUGCAGCUUGUGAUACUGCUCAUGGGCGAUGGGCCAAGCUUUUGGGUGUUCGUGCACUUAUUCAUCCAAAAUUACGCUUGCAAGACUUCUUAAAUCUUUACAAUAUUACUCAGGAUUUUAUAUCAGCAACUGAAAAGAUUGGUGGUCGUUUGGGCUAUAGCAUCAGAGGGGGUUUGCAGUCACAAUCGAAAGCAUUUAUUGAUUAUCAGCAUAGUUCUCGUAUAGCAAAGCUUAGUGCAGUUCUGGACCAAGAAACAUGGGUUGCGGUUGAUGUUCCAGAUGAAUUUCAAGCUAUUGUCAAUUCCCUGACAUUUGCUGAAACUAGUUGUAUAAGUGAGGAGUCAGUUGUCCUUCAAUCAACUGAUAUGGAGAAUUCAAAUCAUCGUGUACAUGAAAAUGUAGAUGGUAAAUCAUCAGGGGAAGUGUCAACAUCUAGGGAUCAGUUGAGACAAUCAGAAGAUUUAACAGGGAGCACUAGUAGUAUUCGUGAUAUGGUGAAAGAUGCUGUACCAGAGACAGGUAGCAAGGGCAGAAAGGGGCGUGAAAAGUCAAACAUAAAAACAAUAAAUUAUAGAGGUGUGGGAUAUCACAUGGUAAACUGUGGUGUAAUUUUACUAAAGAUGAUAUCUGAGUACAUGGACAUUAGCAAUGCUCUAUCAGCAUUCGCUUCUGAUGUGGUGCAUCGUGUUGUUGACAUUUUGAAGCUUUUCAACACCCGUUCGUGUCAGCUUGUUCUUGGAGCUGGCGCUAUGCAGGUGUCUGGAUUAAAGUCAAUAACAGCUAAGCACCUGGCUUUGGCAAGUCAGACUAUCAGUUUCUUCUAUGCUAUUAUACCAGAUGUAAGGCGGCUGCUUGUCCUGAAUAUACCUGAAGCACACAAAAUUCUACUACUAUCUGAGAUUGAUCGAGUUACACAGGAUUACAGGGUGCACAGAGAUGAGAUUCAUUCAAAGCUUGUGCAAAUAAUGAAAGAGAGGUUACUGGUCCAUCUGCGUAUAUUGCCACAAAUUACGGACAGCUGGAAUAAACCAGAGGACAAUGACACUCAACCUAGCCAAUUUGCACGUGCUCUAACAAAGGAAGUUGGUGUUCUGCAGCGUGUCCUAUCGCCAAUCCUCCUUGAGGCAGAUGUCCAACUGAUUUUUAGGCAAGUGGUUAAAAACUUCCAUUUGCAGAUCUCAGAUGCAUUUUCAAAGAUAGAUGCGAGCACUCCUCAAGCAAAGAACAGACUUCAUAGGGAUGUUCAGCAUAUCCUUGCAUGCAUUCAUUCAUUGCCGACUGAUGAUUUGAGCCAAGAUGGCACGCCAAAUCCUGGAGAGCUUGAUAAAUUUCUGUUGCAAAGAUUUGGUAAAGAGGCACACUUGCAGGAGAGAUAAUAGGGUUCCUUCAGAUUUUAUUAAAGCAUCUUGAGAAUUUUCCAGUCAUGGUUGGAGACAUAAAUGGCUAGCUGAAGUAUCUUUUACUCUCACAGCACUCUGACUUCUUCUCUAUGAGAACAUUUAUCUAAUACAUGGAAAAUAAUCUUUAUCUUGUUGAGAGAAAUGUAACUUUCUUCGAGAAAAAGACUUGGCUUCACGUGGGAUUGAUAGGUACAAUUGUUUUUGGGCUUGCUUAGACUGUGACGAUGAGUUCAAAGAUUGAAUUUAGCUGGAGAUAAUCUGGAACUGAAAUCUUGGGUCCUCUGUUUUCUGCAAUGUAUUUUGGCGUUUAAAGAUGGAUUCUAAUAUUUGGUAUGCAAGAUAGCCUUUUUAUCCUUUCAAAUUCUUUAUUAAGUGUUUUGUUAUUGUCUUGCGAUGUGGUCACCAUCGCUGGCAUUCUUUCCUGAUGUUGCUGUACUACACAAUUCUGAAAGCAUCCCAAUGUUCUAAAAAAUCUCCUUCUAUCAGACCAUUGGCAGUAUUUUUUGUUGACGUGAAGUAUGUCAAUGAUAUACUAUUCUGAUUGUGAGCAGAAUGCCUCUCUUUCUACUCCUAUUUUACUUGUAGCAAUAUUCAGAAGAAGUUUCUUGCCCAGCUUUUUUACCCAUUUUCCAAUUCUUCUCUUCAUCCUUACUGUCAAUUUUCAAUGCGAGGCGAUAAAAUAGUUCGUGUAUCUUUCAGUUAUAUUGAGGUAUAUCCUCAGGUAUGGGUUGAGCCUAUGGUUUAACAGGUAUGAACAACUAGUUGAAGAAGUCUCAAUCCCCACAACCAGCUGGUAGAAUUACAGAUCCAUGGAUCUGCUUAAGUAAAAUUGAUUUGACUUUGUUCAAUAUGAAUCUUGCAUAUAUUUAGUUU